AAUCUUAAGGGCUCACUGAACUAUAGGCCAUGGAAAUAAUGUCGAUCAGUAGUCACAUGGUCUUCUUUCUCCCAGGAUAAGAUCCGUCCCUCCCUACCUCCCUCCACUACUCCAAAUGGAGAUCUCUCUCCACUUCUCCUCCUCCUUCCCAUCCCAACCCAUCCAUGCCUUAUCCCCCACCCGAGCCCCCACUCUCCCUAACCUCCCCAACUCCUCUCCUCUCCGUCGUCACCGCCUCCCGACCAUCCGCGCCGCCAUUAGCCGAACCAAGAAAGAACAAACCAUUGAUUCCGUCAAGAACCAGCUCGAAAACUGCUACCUCCUCGCCGGAAUCAGCUUCAAGGGCUUCACGGUAAAGCAGUUCCAGGAACUCCGCCGCUCCCUCCCUGAUUCCGUUCACCUAAUGGUUGCCAAGAACACGCUCGUCGGGAAGGCGAUCGAGGGCACUCGAUGGGAUCAGCUUAGGCCCUGCAUGAAGGGGAUGAACGCCUGGCUUUUCGUACACACCGAGGAGAUCCCGGAAGCGCUCAAACCCUACCGAAGCUUUCAGAGGGAGAAGAAGCUCGAGGAGAAUGAUUUCGUGGGGGGAGUGUUCGAGGGAAAGUUUUAUGGACCGGAGGAGUUUCGGAUUUUGGAGACGAUGCCGAGCAGGGAGGAGAUUUAUGCGAAGCUGCUUGGAUCGCUGCAGUCGCCGGCGAUUGGGAUUAUUGGGACGUUACAGGCUCCGGCGAGGGAGCUUGUGAUGUUGCUCAAGGCUUAUGUGCAGAAGCUUGAAGAGGAGAGUAAUGGCGGCGUCGCCACUGCGUAGCAUUCAUGAAAGAUGAGCUCAAGGAUUUCAAAAACAUCCCCGACGAUUGUUCUGCCACUGUGGACUACAAACUUCUCUAUUGACGUCACGUAGGGCCCAUAGUUACGGGAAACAGUUCUACAGCUGCUCACAGAUCAUCGCGAAGCUGUGUGACUUCUUCCGGUGGGCAAACAGUUAAGUGGAUUCCAUGACUGACGGUGAUCAAGAAUGGUACCAUCACUGGUAGACAGUGUAGCAGGGGACAUACACCGUCUGCAUGUUAAAAAUAAUAUAAUUAAUAUAUUAAUUGUAAUUUUAAUAGUUUUUUACUUUUUUUGGCACUCGUGGUACUCGCUAAUUUAGGUGUGUAUUUAAACUUUUGUAUUGUUCUUAAGUGAAUUUCUGCUUCUGAAGUAUCGAAUAUACA